UGCCCGGCGGGACCCCCGGCGGGACCCCCGGCAGGGCCCUGGGCCGCCCCCCGCCCGGCUCGGCCGCGGCGCUGGAGGAGGUGUCGCGGUGCGUGAGGGAGAUGCACAGCUUCACCAGCGAGCUGCUCACCUGGGACCUGGUGGAGGGCACCGCCAACGGCCACCUGGGCACUGCCAACGGCAACCUGGGCACCACCAACAGCCACCUGGGCACCGCCAACGGCCACCUGGGCACCGGGGACGGCCACCUGGGCACUGCCAACGGCNACCUGGGCACCGGGGACGGCCACCUGGGCACCGCCAACGGCAACCUGGGCACCGCCAACGGCAACCUGGGCACCGGGGACGGCCACCUGGGCACUGCUAACGGCCACCUGGGCACCGCCAACGGCCACCUGGGCACUGCUAACGGCAACCUGGGCACUGCCAACGGCCACCUGGGCACCGCCAACGGCAACCUGGGCGUUGGGAACGGCCACCUGGGCACAGGGAGUGGCACCCUGGGCACUGGGAGUGGCGACCUGGGCACCAAGAGUGCUGGAGGUGGCACCGGGAGCGGCGAUACCGGCACUGGCAGUGGUGGAAGUGGCACCGGGAGCGGUGAUGUUGGCGCUGGGGUUGGUGGCACCGGCGCUGGGAAAGGCGGCUCCGUGACCGGGAGCGGUGGCCUUGGCAUCGGGAACGGCGACCUCGGCACUGGGAAGGGCGGCCUCGGCACUGGGAGUGACGCCCUGGGCAUCGGGAGCGGCGCCGGUGGCACCGGUGUUGGCACUGGUGGCACUGGUGGUGGGAGUG